AUGACAGAGGACAACUACUCCCUGACCACUGAAUUUGUCCUCAUAGGAUUUGCAGAUCAUCCAGACCUGAAAACCCUGCUGUUUGUGGUCUUCUCUGCCAUCUAUUUGAUCACCAUGGUGGGGAAUCUUGGUUUGGUAGCCUUGAUUUACAAGGAACAUCAUCUUCACACACCAAUGUACAUCUUUCUGGGAAACCUGGCUCUGAUGGAUGCCUGCUGUUCCUGUGCCAUCACUCCCAAGAUGUUAGAAAACUUCUUUUCUGAGGACAGAACAAUUUCCCUCUAUGAAUGCAUGGUACAAUUUUAUUUUCUCUGUCUUGCUGAAACUACAGACUGCUUUCUUCUGGCAGCAAUGGCCUAUGACCGCUAUGUGGCCAUAUGCAUCCCACUGCAGUACCACACCAUGAUGUCCAAGAAAUUCUGCAUUCAGAUGACCACAGGAGCCUAUGUAGCUGGAAACCUGCAUCCCCUGAUUGAAGUAGGGCUAUUAUUAAGGUUAACUUUCUGUGGGUCUCAUCAAAUCAAUCACUUUUUCUGUGAUGUACUUCCAUUAUAUAGACUCUCCUGUGUUGACCCUUAUAUUAAUGAAUUGAUAUUACUAAUCUUGGCAGGAUCAAUUCAAGUCUUUACAAUUACUAUAGUCUUGAUAUCAUAUUUCUAUAUCCUUUUCACCAUAUUCACUAUGAAAUCUAAAGAGGGAAGAGGUAAAGCCUUAUCUACCUGUGCCUCCCACUUUCUCUCUGUGUCAAUAUUCUAUGGAUCUCUUCUCUUCAUGUAUGCUCAACCAAGUUCAGUGAAUGAAGGGGAUAAAGAUAUCCCUGUUGCUAUUUUUUAUACAGUAAUAAUUCCAUUAUUAAAUCCUUUCAUUUAUAGUUUAAGAAAUAAGGAAGUAAUAAAUGUUGUGAAAAGAUUAAUGAUGAAUAGAAAAUUUUGUAACAUUCUUAACCAAGUAUCAUCUCCUUUGGAAAAGUAA